CCUUCCGUGCGGCGUGCCGGUGGAUCACGUGUGUAUGCUCAACGCCGAAAGUCCCGCAGAGGUAGCUUACUCAUCGGUCGGAGUGAGUGGAUUUCGUAGUGCGGUUUUUUGGCGGUUAUUUUUUGUUUAAGUUAUUUAAUUCGAACGCCAAUUGUUUGAUUACGUUUUCAAAAAAUAAAUAAGAUAAAAUACGCGGUAUUAUACAUUUCGUUUAACUGCACGGUUGACCGAGUCUUAGCGGAUAUAGCACUAGUUUUGUCAUUUGAGAUUCCAAAAUUCAAAAACCAGUGAAAAAAUAACGAACGGGGAAUUCAGUUAACAAAGUUGACCGUCACGCUUCACACAGAUAUGGAAAACAUUCAGUGACUUGGUUCUAGCCAUACAGAUUCCAAAAACUACAGAAAUAAACAAUAUUCAAGAAUCGAAGCAUUGCAAAAAAAGAGAGAGGGAAGGAGAUCUUUAAACGAUUAUUGCGGCUCGCAUUCAAAAUGCAUCAGUCGCUAGAAUACAACGCGAGAAAUGGCGAGUGGCGGUCGGUCGAUCCACAACGUGGGCAAACCAAUAACCUGAGCCAAUCGUCUUGGUAAACGACAGUGAUGAGUAACGACACAACAGUGAAAAUAUAAAAUACAGUUAUCAGAUAUUUAGCAAAAAAAAGUAUAUAUAUAUUAAUACCUAAAUCGAGGCCUGUAUUAACUUGACAUGGAGACCAUCACUGUUGCCGAAGAAGAACUGACAACUAUGAAGUACGUCAAUGCGACGCCCGAGUCUACAGACGUAGAGAUAAACUCGUUUUUUUUCUACGAAACCAUACAGUUCACAGUCUUGUGGAUAUUGUUCCUGUCGAUCGUGCUAGGCAACGGAGCCGUACUAGUAGCCCUGUCGUUCAAUAAAGCCCGCAAAAACCGAAUGAACUUUUUUAUCAUGCACCUGGCACUGGCUGACUUAUUGGUGGGACUGGUGAGCGUGAUGAUCGACAUGAUAUGGAGAACGACCGUCACUUGGUCAGCUGGUCCGAUUGCUUGCAAAGUCGUCAAGUACUUACAGGUGGUCGUCACGUAUUCGUCUACAUACGUACUGGUCGCACUCAGCAUCGAUAGAUACGACGCCAUCACGCACCCAAUGAACUUUUCCAGUAGCUGUAAGCAGAGAAAAAGAACGAAAAACAGAAUUUUUUUGAUAAAAAAACUAUUUUAUUUUCACGCAUUUUCAGGGCGUCGAGCCAGAGCAUUGAUCGGAUGCGCUUGGAUUUUGAGUUUCGUUUUUGCCGUGCCCAGUGUAUUUAUUAAUGAAGAGACAAUAAUACAAGGUCGUACUCAGUGUUGGAUCGAAAUGUCACCAUGGCAAUGGAAACUGUACAUAAGCAUAGUGGCGACAACGGUGUUCGUCGUGCCGGCGAUAGUCAUCAGCGGAUGUUACGCUAUUAUAGUGUACACAAUUUGGUCCAAAAGCAAACUCCUGUCACCGGCCAAAAACAACACACUACAACGUGGAGCCAAAAAGCCCGAAGAACACGACAUCAGAAGGUCUAGUUCACGGGGCAUCAUACCGAAAGCGAAAAUCAAGACCGUAAAAAUGACGUUCGUUAUUGUAUUUGUAUUCAUCCUGUGCUGGAGUCCGUACAUAGUGUUUGACCUGCUACAAGUGUACGGCUACAUACCAAAAACGCAAUCGAGCGUGGCCCUCGCAACGUUCAUACAAAGUCUGGCACCGCUGAAUUCCGCCGCUAACCCCAUCAUAUACUGCUUGUUCUCCACUCACAUUUGCAGAUCUCUCAGGCAAGUCCCGCCAUUCAGAUGGUUGUUGUGUUGCCGGAACGGAACACAAGAGCAACUGAGCUACACGGAAACACUAACAUCGUCUAAUCGACAGGUGAACACGUCUCUGCUGCGGAACGCCACCGUGCACGUGCACUCGGUGGUCAGAGCUCCCGUCUUGGACCGCAUGGGCAUAUCGACGGAGAAAAACAGCUACGCCGAUUCGCUGCUUUAAGACGGCCGGGACAGCACACUCCAUGCACCCCACGCCGUAUUACUAUAUUACUAUUAUUAUUAUUAUUUUAAUAAUUAAUAAUAUAAUAUAUGAACAUAAAUAUAAUAUAUUAUAAGAACAUAUUAUUAUUAUUAUUAUUAUUAUUAUUAUUAUUAUUAUUAUUAUUAAUACUCAGCCCCCGUCCCUUUGUGUGAACGCGUUAUUAUUAUAAGCUAUACAACCAUUAUAAUAUAAAAUACAUUUCUAUAAUUAUUAAAACAUUAUUAAAUUACUAUUAUUAAAAUUACUAUAACUACCUAUUAUUAUUAUUAUUCUUAGGUACUAUAAAUAUUAAUUAUAACUAAACGAUCAUAAACGUUAAGUUAUAUUCUGUCGACUGACUUCGCCCCUAAAAAUAC